AUGCAUGGAUCGUUCCUGCCAGUCUUUACGGUGGGCUUGGCCACCAGAACUAUGCCCAUAACCUCUAGUACAGGCGGCGAGGAGUCGUGCAUAGACGGCAAUGGAAGGCACGGCUCUCGAAGGGUGGUUCAGGAAGCCCACGGGUUUUUCCCCUCCUAUUCGCCGAUAGGAGCCCUGGUAAUGUCGCUAUUCGGUAGCUAUAAAGCCCGCAUCACCAAGGCCGCCAAAGCACUUCGCAAGGAGAUCACCGAAGUCAACGAGGCCAUACUUGAACCGUUGGACCCUACCACGGAGGCAGGUAAGGAUCCUCAGUUCAUUCUUAGUCGUAAAAGUUUAUUGUUUUUGAAAGUUUUUUUUCUUGAUCGUGCUGCCGCGCAUUUGCGUGCCCAGAGUGAGAAGGCCGAAGAGUUUGCCCGUCAACAUCCUGACGAGCAGGGCGAAUUCCCCUACCUCCAACAGAUUCAGAGCCACUGGGACGCUAGUGAACUGGAUCAACUUUUGGAGGAGGCCGAUAUUCUCCGUCUACGUCUCGAUGUUGUGAUCAAACUCUUGCCGAGCUCAGAGGCCUUGUAUUCUUUUCAUGCUUCGACUGUUCCUCCCUCUUUUUCAUCUGUUACUUUUUCACCGCACCCGGCCCAAGACCCUAGUUCGACCGAUCAGCAGCCCGCGCAGGAUGUGAGAGCGGAAAUCCGGAGCCACUCUUCAUCCCACGACCAGGAUCGUCCAUCAGGACCUGACGCUGCCGCGCCAGCUGAUACCCUACUACCAUCUUCCCUGGAACAGUCGCUGAAGCUACCAGCCUUUGAGAUUCCCACCUUCCAUGGCGAGAUCGACAGCUUCUUCGAGUUCUGGGACCUUUUUUCAACGGCCGUGCACAAUAACACCAACGUGCCAGUGCCAGUCAAGUUUAUGUACUUGAAGUCCCACGUGCGAGGACCUGCUGCGAAUAUCAUCGCCGGCUUUCAAUCUACGGCAGAGAAUUAUGAUCAGGCAGUACGAAUCCUGACGAAUACUUAUGGUCGACCGGAAAUCCUCCGCAAUAAGCUCUGGGACAAGCUGAUGCAUCUUCCGUCAGCUUCGGAGUCGCCGUUGUCACAACGCGCGACACUGUGUGCUAUCAGAGCCACAUGGACCCAGCUGCAACAUCUGAAAGAGGACUCCAGUGCGAUUGGCACGAUUAAGAUCAUUCGUGCGAAAUUCCCCCGGCGUACACGCGAGAGAAUCGGUGAAUUCAAGAACAAGGGAGACCCGAUGUGGACAGUCGAUGACUUGCUCAACACGCUGGAUACCAUCAUUGAUAGACUCGAAAAGUAG